UAAAACAUUCUUCCUGGUUUAUUCCAAGAUAAUGACUAUUAUCUACCUGCAGUAGUUUUUUUCGUAGCCAGAAUUCUGAGAAAUGUUUUCAUUCCAACAGCCAAAUUUGGAUUCCUAGUGCAUUUUUAUUUAACCAGUAGGAUUCUUCUGGCUGGAAAUGACAUAAAUGAGUGGUGUUAAGGCAUUUUUACUCCGCCAAGGAACAUGGUGGAGUUAUGUGAUGAUCUGCGUUGGUUUGUCUGUCUGUCUGAGAGGUUUUUCUGCAGACUGAUAUUUUACUCCAGAACCUUCAUGUUUUCUUCUUUUCUCAUGACGCUGUUAACUUAGUGACACAUCAACUAAAAAACACUUGCAAAGCAUCACAUUCCUGCCACCAUGUCUGAUGCUGAUGGUGUUUUUGGAGUUUAAUGCUUCUCCUUUAUUUUGCAUGCUAUGUCCCUGUGCUCAUCCAGCUUUGUUCAGUGUCUGCUGGAGUUUCUGCCUUGAUAUAAUAACAUCCUUGUCAGUGAUUCUUCUUGGCCUCUCAUCCGCCCAUUCUUGCAAGUGUAGGGGUCGCUUUUAGCUUAGCGUUUUCACAGUGUAUAACUUCUUGUAUUUUUUACAUUAUGCUUUGCACUACAGCCGUUGUGGCGUAGCUUUUGCCCAUCUUCUGAGCAGCUAUGAUGCAGAGCUCUCUCUCAGGAUGGACUCUAAUCACAAGCUCGCUCAGCUCUUUGGGUUUUAACCGUGGCUUGCAAUCGGCUAGUUCCUGACGAGAGAAUUUCUGCAUUAGCAGUUCUGUGUUGUGAACAGACUAGAAAUGACUGGGAGCAUUUGUAAUAGUAUAGAAACUGCAUUUUCUCAAAAGGUUGCAUCAAAUUCAAGGUGUGAGAAUACUUUUUGGCAUGUAAAUGAAAAAAAUAGAACAUUUCUAUUACCUCCCACACUGCCUCUAGGCACCACAGUCCUAUUAUCACACUUGAACUUGUUUUUUGGCAUUUAUCCAGGUUGUUUUCUCCUGAAUAGAUCCUUGCUUGUGUUGUAUCUACUCUCAAAUGUAUGUGGCUUUGUAUAAAAACUAAAUGAAAAUUGUAGAAUGUCAUGUAAAAACAAACAAAUGCAGAAUCUGAAAUAUAUAUAUAUCACUAAUGUCUCUAAUGCAAUGAAUUACUGUCUUUUGUCACCUGUUUAUGUUAUUUUCAGCCAGAGGAAAUCCAUCCAUCCAUUAUCUAUACACCGCUUAUUCCUCACUAGGGUCAUGGGGGGGGCUGGAGUCUAUCCCAGCUGACUCAGGUUUCAGGACGUCUCACUCUCUUCAGCUUUACAAAUGUGGUUACUUGCUUUAUCUGUGCCACUGCUCCCGGCCAUCGUCAUGGUGUACAGCCGCUACCGGGUGAAAGUUGCCACACUGUGCCAGCGAGCUCUGGCCUGGGCGCUGAGGCUGAUGCGAGGGCGAGUAUGUGUUAAGAGCGCCCACGCCUUCGUGUUCUCCAACUGCACCCACGGCAAAGUUAACAGCGUCCUGGAGACCUUUGACCUUUAUGCUCGGACGCACCCGUCCCUCUGUAUCGGCCCACAGAUCGGUGAGCUGCUGGAUGAGAUGGUGAGGCGUGUCCGUCCACUGAGAGUCCUGGAGCUGGGAACUCACUGCGGCUACAGCUCAGUCCGCCUGCUGCGUCUGCUGCCCCCUGCUGGCCGACUGAUCACUGUGGAGCUGGACCCAGUCACAGCAGAUCUGGGGGAGGAAGUCAUACUAGUGUCUGGCUUCAAACACUCCCAGUUCCAGGUGCUGACAUGCAGCUCAGCUGAGGCCAUCCCAAGGUUGCGCUCACUUCUUGGGCCCGAUGCAGGGACCAGCGAGGGCGUCGAUCUGGUGCUAAUGGACCACAAUCCCCAGCAGUACCUUCCAGACCUGCUGGCCCUGGAAAGAGAGCAGCUCCUCUGCUCCUCUGGCUGCUCAGUGCUGCUGAUCAAAAGAAACCAAAGAGCUGAAGAUCUCAGAGGAGUCCUGGAUCACAUCAGAGAAAGGACAGACUGCUACAGCAUCAAGACAGAGCUUCAGUGUAUGAUGGAGAUCUGUUACCGAAAGGAAAGCACAAUGUAAAGGGUGAAGUCUAGAACACGGCUGUCUGCUUAGUUUUUAUGGACUGAUAGUGUUAAAUAGUUCAUCACUUCAAAUAUUGAAGUUAGAGCUGAAGAUUUUAUUAGCAAUAGAGUAGAGUUUUCAAUAGUUUCGAAUAUCAGGUGAUAUUGCUAGAAUUGAUUUGUAGCAGGAAAGAAAGCAUAGUAUCUAUAUUUAAAUAGUUUACAUUUAACUUCAGUUUAUUUCAUCUGGACACUUAUUUUUUUAUAUAUAUCGUUUGAUACAUAAAUACAAAAAUGAGCCAUAAUUCUAAAAAAAAUUCUUAUCCGUUCUAUUUAAGUUAAAACUGAAAAAUAAAAUUUGAAACAGUAGUAAAGGAGAAGUAAGAUAGGGCCAAAAAGAUGCCUAUAAAACACCCUCACAUUAUACUUUUAAGAUGAUACUCACUGACCACGUGAUCAAAAAAAAGACUGAAUUAAUGUAAAGUAAAAUCAUGUUGCAAACAUUAUCAGCCAAACAUCCGGCUAUGUAGUAUUAUGUAUUUUUAGCAUUCAAUUAUUUUAUUUCCACGUCCACUGUAGGGAGCAGAAGGAAUCUGUCCACAGUGACACUGCAUCCUUGAUCAAUAAAUAUAAAUAAAAGGAUGAAAAAGCAUAAAUACAAGAAGAUUUAAGUGAUUUAAACAAUUGCCUGGAACAUUUCACUGCACUAAAUAUGCCAGAAGAAAUUAAAUUGAAAGAUCUUGCACUUUUUAUGUAGAUUUUUUGUUGUUUUUUUGUAAGGAAUUCCUCACUUAGCUCAGCAGAAGACACGCAUGUCAGACGCAUCAUCAGUACAAUGUUGCUUCAGGCUAUCAUCCUUUAUAACCAGUUUCAUGUAGAUCAACACGACUUUUAUUGUUCCUCAUUUAGUACAUUCAGACCAGAUUCUAUUUUUUGCAGCAGCUCAGGAUCUGUUGGCUAUUUAUUUUCUAUUUUUUUUUACAGCUGAUGAAUCCCAGAAUUGCUUCCACAAUCACCUCGCCUCACAACAAAAGAAACAAAGGGUAGAAAUGACUAGUUGUAGUGCACAGAGGAACCACUUGAUGGCACCGUCUGCUUUUUAACAGAAUAGAAUCUCAGGUAUCUGACUACCGGUACGUUUAUCAUGGCAAGCCUUUUAAAGGGAAACGCCACUCAAUUCAAGACAUCCUUGUUGUUGUUGCACCUCAGGACUUAAUAAGAGCUAAUAUGUUUUAUUUUGCUGCAGACUGGAAUCUUUAAAUUUGUGAUAUAAAUAAAUCCACCUCAUGUUGUCUCA